UACAGUGUUUUAGGAUACUACAUUAUUAACACGUAUGUUAUCUGUAUUCCAGGAACCGCACCGGAAAGAUGAGCAGUACAGUGUUUUAGUAUACUACAUUAUUACCACGUAUGUUAUCUGUAUUCUAGGAACCUCACCGGAAAGAUAAGCAGUACAGUGUAUUAGGAUACUACAUUAUUACCACGUAUGUUAUCUGUAUUCCAGGAACCGCACCAGAAAGAUAAGCAGUACAGUGUUUUAGGAUACUACAUUAUUACCACGUAUGUUAUCUGUAUUCCAGGAACCGCACCAGAAAGAUAAGCAGUACAGUGUUUUAGAAUACUACAUUAUUACCACGUAUGUUAUCUGUAUUCCAGGAACCGCACCAGAAAGAUAAGCAGUACAGUGUUUUAGGAUACUACAUUAAAUAUAAAAUGCUUGAUAAAGGUGAAAAACUUCAGUACAAGACUGUGGAAAUUCGAAACCAUCUGACGCAUGAUUGGGACAUUGAAAAUUUGGAACCUCAUUCUAAAUAUAAAGUGACUGUUCAAGCGUUUAAUGAGAAGGGUUCGGGCCCAGCAUCAAAUCCUGUUACAGUAAAAACCUUCGAGUAUGAUCCUCCAAGUUCUCCACACCUUAGGAUUCUGUCUACCACACCAUCCUCUAUCCAUUUAACCUGGAAUAAGCCAAGGGAUGAUAACCCAGUUGAAGAAUAUAUUUUGUACCAGAAAGAUGAAACGUCGGAAUGGAUUAAGAUACACUUGCCAGGUGACAUACAUAGUCAUGUGUUACACGAUUUAAGAUGUGGUAGAAAGUACGAAUUCUACAUAGAAGCCUACAACAGCGCCGGUAGAGGGCAGCCCAGCGAGAUUCUUCCCGUCAAGACUGAUGGCUCAGCUCCACAAGCUCCUAACAAGCACAGUCUUCUCAUAGUGAAUGCCACCUCGGUAACUAUACAUCUCUCCGCUUGGCGGCGUGGUGAGUGUCCGUUACUGCAUUUCUCUAUUCAGUACAAGCCGUUAGAAGGGUCAGAAUGGAUACUCUUGUCCAACAAUAUCCUACCAGAACAGAGGUCAUCGACAAUUCCGGACUUAACUCCAGCCACUUGGUACACUAUUUUGAUGACGGCCAGUAAUGAAGCUGGAAACACAGAGGCAGAAUACGAGUUUGCAACUCUCACCCCAUCUGGCGCAACAGUAUCGCCACAUUAUUCAGCGUCUAGUCAUACGAGCGACCUCUAUCGACAGUUGAAGAUAAUAAUACCUGUCGUUUGCACAACAGUGGUGCUUGUGUUGGUGGUCACUAUUGCAUGCGUAGUUCUAAUCCGUCGACGACAGGGAAAUCCGCCUAACUCCACGUAUUCGACAGUCGCGAGAGAAAAUUACACAGGAAAGACGGGAGAGGCUGUGCCUAUGGCAGUAUGGGAUAAACCCAACCAAUCAGAUCCUCGUUUACAUCACAGUCGUGAACAACUCUAUUUUCCAUCACCAUACGCCACCAGUAGGUUAUCUGUAUAUUCGGGCGAAGGUGAAACAGAAGGUGGAGGCCCACCGUCUGACCACCGCCUACGUUACAGCCGAGAACAGCUACCUUAUCCAAAUCCCUAUGGUCCUAGUGGAACUUCUGUAAACUCUGAUGAGCUACAGACAGACAGAGGAAUUAGUUUUUCUUGGGGCCAACUGACGUCAGAAAGUGGUUUCCAUACCUAUGAUAUCCCAGUUCGCCGCAAACCGGUUUCUCAGAGUCAAAGUUUUAAAGAUGAGCAAUGCCCCCCGCGAAUCAAGAACAAAGGACAACACGUGUUGCUUUAUCCUGGAAUCGCUUCUCGACCACCAAAAGAGCUUGGAAACGAGUUCCCCGAUGAUUUGGCCACACCUGAAACCUAUACUGCUCCCAAGUUGGUGACUUCUGGAAUUGCAAUAGAGAGACAUUAUGAUCAAAUCCAACGACCAAAGUACCCAUUGUCAAGAAGUCUGCAGAACAAGUUUCCAAACGGCAGGACCAAUAAAACCGAUCAGCGGCAGGUAGCAACUGGAGAAGAAUCCUUGGACCUUUCUGAUGCCGAAUGUGAUAGAAACUGGUAUAGAGCAUACCACGGGCAAGAGUCGUGACCGUCGAAUCAAGGAUAGUUUUGUUGUGCUUGUCAUAUUUUGUUUCAGUUUGUUUGCUUGAAGUUAAGACUGUUGAUAUUGACCUCCUAAGAAUUUUGUAUAAUAUAAUUAUUUAUUAUUAAAGCAAUAACUUAAAUUAAAAUAAUUUAUUACUAAAGGA